AUGCAAGAGUGUAUCGCGAUCGCCCAACACACCUACAUCAAGUAUGUCGACAAGCCCGUCCACGUCGUCGUCGCCACGGGUGAGCACUGCAUCUCUGAUCUGCCUUUGAUUGAAGUGCAAGGAAAGGGGAAGAAAUUCAAGGAGUUCUUCCAUAUCGUUGAGAACGUUACCCCAGAGCGCCUAACACAAAUCCGAGAGGUUAUGUGUGCAGAUGAAAUCGUAGUGGGUCGCUUACCCGGCUUCGUCAGUCCAGGCGAUGCUUUAGGUGAAAGUUGUCACCUACAGCUAGUUGUAGACAGCGCCGCCAACACCGUCCUGCAGUUCUUCCACUCGUCGGUGCCCUUGCCUUGGGGUGUAGUCAAAGCGUUCUGUCGCGGGGGCAGCGUCAAAAUCUUGAACUACAAGAUCGCCACCAAUUCCGACCUCGUGAAGCGAGGCUUCCUAGUAACGCUUUCCAAGAUCAAGGGUGAGCAAUGGCUAACACAAUCUCUUCAAGAGAAACUUCGCCGCCCACCCAAGAACGGGGAUAUGGAUGGAAAUGCAAGCGGUGGUUCAUGGGAUGUAACACCCGAUGAGCUCCGCGAGGGCAUCGCCUACAUCAACAAGAAUGCGCCCGUGGCGAACUCCAACAAUGAACAGUUCCUGUGGUCUCUACUCAAUGAACGUGACAAGGAAUCACCUAUUCUCGGAUGGCCUCUACACAUUGUGAGCCGAGCAUGCUCCAAUCGCAGCCUUGGGAAUUCCCAAGCAGAAGCCGAGCAUUUCUUCCCCUUACUGGUCCCCGACUUGAACCCCACCAUCAUGGACAGGGUCCUGCCGCUCGUUGUCCCUACUAUGCCCACGCAUGGCUUGAUGAUUCUUGGCAGAGCAGGGAUUGGCAAAACUCCUCUUGCCAUCAUCGUGGCCGUUGCCAGACACCACCUGGCAUCUCGCAACAUCGAAGGUGUCGUGGUGGGAUGGCGCCGAUCCAAGCAGAUCGACGGAUUUCGGGAGUGCCCAGGUGAACUACACAUUCCCGUUAUCUUGGAUGACACUAUCCUUUCUUCUAUAUCAUUCGAAGACAUCAAGUCCUUCCUGGACGUGGGUGAGACAUGUCUAGUUGACGCUCGAUACCGAGCCGCGAAGUUUGUUCGCAACCAGGUCAAGAUUCUGCUUAACAACCAGUGGGAGGAGGAUGAUGAGCCAGAUGAUCUCUCCUACCGCAACAGCAUCAGUUGGAAGCAGUUCAAGAAAAUGAUCUCCUCAACCCUUGGCGAUGCGCCCAUGCCCCACAUGAUGGCAAUUCUCAAACGGGCUUCCGUCAUCAUCGCUGGUCACAAAGGUGUGUACGUCCGUGUCGCAAGUGAGCACCAGUCGCAAACCAUACAUCGUUUCGAAGGAGGUGGAGUUACCGAAGAUUGGCUUACCACAAGAGCUUCCACUCCAAGUACAAGGAUGGCAUCUAUGCCAAGUACAGUGGUUACGAGGAAAAGCUGCAGGUAG